AUGUCAUAAGGUCACACUCAAAGCUAGUUGAGUUAAAAGUUUUUGUAAAGUUCUAUCAGAUCAAAUUACAACAAUGAAGCUAAUUUAGAUGAUAUUCUAGAAACUAACCUUAAUAUUGCUGAGGAUGACUUUCUUUAACCAGGAUCUGACAUGAAAGCGAAACCUUUAAGUCCAUUUGUGAACACAGCUAACAAAAAGCAAACUCUAAUCUCUAAGAAGGCAUCCUAGUAUUUAAAUUCAAAUUAAACAAACAACUCAACAAAUGCAUCAAUAAAUCAAAUACCACAGAGCAGCAACAACUCAGUUCUGUCUCGGUUCACUCAAAUUCCCAUUUAGCAACCAAGACAAAUGCUAUCUUCCUCCCAAUAAGACAAUUUCAUGUAAUCUCUGUCAAGCAGAUAACAUUAUGAUCAGCAUAGCUUGGGAAUUCAAAGUCUGGAAAUUAAUGACAUAGCACCUAUUUUAACUUAAAGAAAGUUGUUUAAAGAUGAAAAUUUACAAAAUACUCAGUCUAAUGGUGUCCUAAACUCUACUCUAGGGAGUCAGAGAGUUAAUCAAUAGAAUCUUAGUUGCGAUAGCUGUGAUAGAUUAGACAAGAUCAUUCAAGACCUUAAAGGUUUAUUCUUUUAUUAAAAUAUUGAAGAGAUUAGGGAGAUACUAAGGAAUAUUGUACUUAAAUAUGAAUAAGCUGAUAAAAGCUAGAAUCUCCUAAAACAUCAAAUUAGAAACUCAGUUUCAUAGUUUGGCCAAAUUUUGAAUACGGAUGAAGAUUAAUCUAAUCUAUUUACCCCUAUCACCAUGAAUAAAACGCUUUAAGACAGUAGAUAUAUUCUUAACUCUGCUAAUACUCAAUAAAAUAAUGCCAAUUCUUCUUCUUUAAUCAGACAUUAUUCAGAUCAAUCUGCUAAUCCUAGUAUAAGUAAUGAGAACGAGUUACAAGCGCAAAUUAAAGAAAUAGAUGAUAGAUUGAUGAAUAUAUUCCAAAUGCAUAAUGAGCUAUAAUCUAACAGUUCAAUGUAUAAAUCAAGAUCCGAGAGAUCAAGUUAGAGUCAAUUGAAAAAAUACAAUAGACAGAGUUUUGACCUAACAAGUUCCAAGAACAACCAAAAAGAGAAUUUGAUCCCUUAAACAAACAAGCUAGUAUAAUAGUAUAUCCAAGAUUACAACAAUAAAAGAAAAAAUAGCAUUCAAUAUGGGUAUCCAUUGUAAAUGACUAGUAGCUAAUAGAGUCCUUUCGAUCACAAAAGAUCUAAAAGUUUCAAUAAAACUUAAGGAAGUAUAAACAUGCAAGGCUCUUAAAACUAAAGUGAAAGUGUAGCUCUCUAGUCACUACAGAAAUAUCUCUUUGAAAUAAAUCAAAAUUCAAACUCAUACUCUAUAUAAAAUACCUUUGUAAAGCAGUUCUAAGAGAGACUGUUUAUUCUUGAAUAGAUUUCUUAAAAAUGUGUAAGUCUUGAUAGAUAUUUCUAAGAUAGGUAGCAAGAUAUGGAUGACAUUUAUGAAUACGAGAUCAAACAAAACAAGGUAUUUAUUGAAGAAACCAUGAUUAGUCUUUAAAAUAAAGAGCAAACUUUGAUUCAAAGGGAGCAAGAAUUGUCUGAGAAAAUCUAGUCAUUUGACGAUUAGAUGAACAUGCUAGAAAAUUUCAGAGAAAAAGAAGAAAUGCUAUUAAAUAAGUAGGAAGAGUUGUAACAGAUAAAAGACUAGAUCUAUGAAAAAGUUUUGAUAAAAAAAGAAGAACUUGAAAGUGUUUCUCAGGAACUGAUUAAUAAAUAAGAAGACUUGAAAUUACAAGAGGAAUAGUUGCAGUAGAGAAGAGAUGAAGUGAUCAUAAUCUAAGAGUAGAUGAAGUCAAAGGAAUUACAACUAAGAGAUUUAAUAGAUGACAUUGAGAGGAGAGAAUUUCAGCUGAGAGAGAUCAAUCGAAUGUAAGUCGAAAUAGAUGAGAAAUAAAAAGAGAUAAAGAUAUAAGAGAAUGAAAUAAACUAAUAAAAAACAGGUAUUGAAGAAUCUAAGUCUAAGCUAUUCAAGCAUUGGUCUAAUUAUGUAGAGAAAAAUGAAAGACUAAAAGCAUACGAGAGAAAUCUAUAGGCAGAGAAGAAAUUAUGCGAGGAAAGAGAGAAAUAAUUCAGAGAUUUCAGAGAAAAAGAGAUGGAAAUUAUCAAAUAAAAAGAAGUCGAAAUUCAAAAGACAUAGCAAAUGCUUUAACUCCAAUCUAUUGAGUUAAAGGUCCAGCAUAAAAAGGAUAAUUUAUCAAAGGAGUUCUUAGGAAGCAAUGACAAGGGAAGAUCUAAUAAAGAUGAUAGAGAGUUAUGCGAUAAGUUACUUUAAAAAUAAGAAGAACUACUUAUGAAAGAAUAAAGCUUAAAUUUAAUGAAACUUGAAUUAGAAUCUAAAGCUGAGGAAAUAUCCAGAUUAAUGACUUUAGUCAUUCAAAAUGGUGAAAGUUUAAUUUAAACUCCUCCUAAUUAAGAGCUAAACAUACAAAGCAAUGAAUAAGAAAUGAUCAAGCUGAAUUUUGAUGAGCAAAUUUAAUGUUUAGAGAAGCCAAGACGAAGUAUGGACAAGUAAAAUAUGAUUAUAGAUUCUUCUUAAUAAAGUAGUAUUAAUCAAUCCUUAGGAAGCGGACAGAGUUCAAGAAAACAUUUUGCUUCUCCUAGCUUUAAUUAAAUAGCAAAAGCUAUGCUAGAUGCUGAAUAAAGACAACAUCAGUAAAACGAAUCAAGCAUUAUGAAUAUAGAAGGGAACUACUAAGAUGGCAGUUUUAACCAGAUAGAUGAUGAGAGAAGAGACCACUAGCACUUCUCAUUUAAUGAAGAUUCAUGCAAACUUUUUAACGUUGUUGAUUAGAAAGAUGAGGUGUCGAAGUUAAGUGAAAACAAGUUUGAAUAUUUUCCUAAUACCUCAGAAUAAGAUAAUGAAAAUAACCUUAGCUAAAAUGAUCAAAAUGAGUAAAGCUAAAAGAUAAGCAUUCAAAAUUAAAACCAGAAUUAAAAAACAGUGGAUAAUUCAGAUUUCAACUCAAGCUUUGAUUCUUCAUCCAAUGAUGAUAGUUAUCCUGAAGAUUUCGCAGAGUAAUACAGAAAGAAGCAAGAAUCUAUGCUAGCAGAGCUUAAGUCAAUUUAUGACUAGAAGGAGUGGGUAAAAUAAAAAGUAACUUAGCUUGCUGAUGACUUCAAACUUCCAGGGAUGUCUGCUUAAAAGGAUAACUAGGAUUCUGAGAUACUUGAUUACACAAUGAGUCCUUUACAAGAAAGUAACACCAAAUCAAAGAACUCAACUCAAAAUCUUGAUAAUUAACUUCAGUUUUUAAUAUCUAAUAUCAAUAACAUGUCCUCACCUUUGAGCAAUGAUAACAUAUCUGAAUAAGACUUCUUAAUCUAACAAUAAAUUCUUCAAGACUAACAAAUCUAAUAAAACAAUCAAUAAGAUUAAAUCUAGCAGUAAUAAAAUCAGUAGUAACAUUCAAGGCACUUUGGAAAAGGCUCGUUUAAUUCACUAUGA